AGAACCGCAGUUGACAACAGCAGGUCGAUCAAUGCGGUCGCGGACCGGAGAAUCAUCUUUGUGAAAUCAGUUUCGGAUGGCUUAUGCAGUGAUUUUUAUAUUGAACUGAAGCCCAAUGGAUAGCUCGGUUCGUGCAAACAUAUGGAGUAGAAAAAGCGGCGAAAUAUAGGAUAGUUCGUGUUUACCAAAAAUUCGUUCAUUGUUAAUUGAAAUUGGCACAGAGGAGCCGGCAUUAAGCAAAUAUAUCUUGGAAGCGGGUGAAUGACCGGCUACUGAAACGAAAACGGUGACAGUUUCUCCUGCGAUGAAAAGAAGCAAACAGUAACAAGUGAUAAUUAAUCGAAUUUAAAUGUAAUCGUUCGACGGAAAUUUCAUGAAACGUAUCUUUGCCGAACGGUGCCGUUUUGGUGUUCUUCUCUAAUUGAGUUAGUGAAAUAGCUUUUUUUUGUUACGGUGGAGCUAGCUGGGAAAAAAAUAUAUUUAAAGGCAUUUUUCAACUGAGAACUACAUGAUAUCGCGACAUCACUCCAGUUGAUGGAUUUUAUCUGCCUCGUCACUAUUCAAUCCUGCUAGGAAGAACAAUAAGGAUCUAAUACCUUUACAUUGGAAUAGACAACAACAAAGCAGUACCGGUUUCCUGCAGCUACCCGUGAAUGAUAAACGGCUAAGGUGGAUAACGAUAGGCGAAAGCAGUAUUCAAGACCACCGCCAGCGGAAUGCCAUAAUAACAAGCGGAAACCGACGCAAGAAGUCGUAGUGGAUGAAGUAGUAGCACCGAAACCAACAUCAUCUGCACCAUCAUUAGGCGGCGCACAAACAGCAUCACCUACGGCAAAGGCACCGGCAUCUGCUAAAGUUGCAAUCACACAGCUGAAGUCAUUAACCACUUGCACAACUACGACGACUACGACAACCACCACUACCCAGCUGGUGACUUCUAGGGGAUUAUGCACUUUGAAAGUGAAGAUUUUUCUCAUCAAGCAUCUUUCUAAGUUGGUAGCGUGCAACAAAAAGAUGUUUCUUCCGGUUAAAUCAAAUACUUCUCCUGUAGCGACCGACGGAACCAAUGGAGAAGAUGUCACAACAGUAACGAGCAACUCAACGCAAACACCGAGUGACCUCAGCCCACCGAACAUGUCCAGUGAGGACAUGUUACCACAGGCUUACCACCAGAAUCCCGGUCACUGUAUAGCAUCAUUUUCAGCCAUCAGCCGAAUGCGACAAAACACGCAGCUCUGUGACGUAACACUGGAAGUCGGAGGUGAAACCAUAAAUGCACAUAAGGUCAUACUGGCGUCCGUUUCACCUUAUUUCUAUGCUAUGUUCAACGAUGAUAUGCUGGAAAGGAAUCGAGAUGUUGUCACCCUUCAUGACAUCGAUCCGUCAUCGCUGAAGCAGCUCAUCGAUUAUGCAUACAGCGGCGAAAUCACCAUCACCGAGGAAAACGUUCAGGUUCUACUGCCAGCAUCGAGCUUACUCCAAAUCCAAUCGGUUCGGGAGGCAUGUUGCAAGUUUCUACUCCGCCAGUUACACCCUUCGAAUUGUCUGGGGAUUCGCAGUUUUGCAGAUGCUCACUCCUGCAAGGAACUCCACUCACGUUCCCAUCGUUAUGCACUGCAAAACUUUCAACAAGUUGUCGGUACGGAGGAAUUUUUAUUGCUAGGAUUUAGUGAGGUCCAAGAUCUCAUCUCCAACAGCCAGCUAAACAUAUGCUCCGAGGAAAAAGUAUUCAUGGCGGUUCUGAACUGGAUCAAGCACGAUCUGAGCGAACGCAAGAAGCACAUCUCGGAGCUGAUGUCACACGUGCGGUUACCACUGGUUAAUCGCGAAUUCCUGAUGAGCUGCGUCGAAACCGAACCGCUAGUGCGUGAAGAUCCUCACUGUAAGGAGCUAUUGCUGGAAGCGAUGAAGUAUCAUCUGCUACCAGAACAGCGCAGUUCUUUGGUAACGCAGCGAACACUGGAACGACGACCCGAGGGUAUGCGCCAAUAUUUAUUUGCUGUUGGUGGUGGCAGUCUGUUCGCCAUCCACAACGAGUGCGAGUGCUACAAUCCGAAGACCAAUGCCUGGAUGACUAUUUCGCCAAUGACUUCACGAAGAUCGAGGGCGGGUGUAGCCGCGCUUAGGAAAUUACUUUACGUGGUUGGCGGAUAUGAUGGAGAAAAUGAUCUCGCUUCGGCCGAGUGCUACAAUCCUCUCACCAACGAAUGGUGCAACAUAACGCCGAUGGGUACAAAACGAUCAUGUUUGGGAACCUGUGCGUUCGAUGGCCUGCUGUAUGUGUGCGGUGGUUACGAUGGUGCUUCAUGUCUGGCUAGCGUAGAACGUUUCGAUCCACUGACCGCAGUUUGGACAUCAUGCCCUGCGAUGAACACCCGGCGAAGGUACUGCCGUGUCGCAGUCAUGGACAAUUGUAUCUAUGCUCUGGGAGGAUUCGAUUCAAGCAAUUAUCAGUCUUCGGUGGAACGAUUCGAUCCACGAGUUGGCAACUGGACAGCAGUUCCGAGCAUGACUUCCAGAAGGAGCAGCUGCGGGGUUGCAGCUCUGGAUGGUUAUUUGUACUGUAUUGGUGGUAGCGAUGGUACAAUGUGCAUGCAAACCGGGGAAAGAUUCAAUCUGAGAGCAAAUAGCUGGGAACCAAUUAGUCCAAUGCAUUCUAGAAGAUCCACUCAUGAAGUCGUCGAAGCCAACGGGUAUCUCUAUGCACUUGGCGGUAAUGAUGGCUCUUCCUCGCUCAAUUCAGUGGAACGAUACGAGCCCAAGCUCAAUAAAUGGACGAUUGUCACCUCGAUGCUUACCCGGCGAAGCUCCAUCGGGGCAUCGGUGCUAGAGUGUUUCAACCUGGAACGUGGAUUACUUCAAACCAGUAUAUGACCGCUCAUCACUAAUGCCAACGACACAAGCGGAAGUGUUUCUAGCAGCAACACAAAUGCAAUAGCCACCGUGAAUGGGUCUCAGAAGGAUGAAUGCAAACCAUAGUAAAACAUUCUAGUAGCUAAAUAGUUUGAAUAGCGGACUUUUCUCGGAGUAGUCAAAAUUAUAUAGCUAGUGAAAAAUAAUAGUAAUCUGAAUAGGCGCACUUUCAUACCUUUUCUGUUGCCCUAAAAUACUAACCUGUAGUAAAAUGUUUGUAGAAAUCAGCUUUACUCAAAAAUUCUCACAAGAUAACAAAUAGUAUCAUCGUUAGAAAUAUUGUAAGAAUUAUUUUAAAACGGCUAUUUUAUUAUCCGACGAGUGUUUUGAAACUGGAACCUAAACAGUUUAUUUUGUAGCAAUAUUGUAUCGAUGUUAAAUAUUUUGGAUUUUUUGAAAUUUUGUUUUAUUGAAAAUAGUAAGAACAAAUCAGUCAUAUUUCAUAGUCAAAAAUCAUUACAGAAAAAAAGAAAUACUGCCAAUUCAAAGUCAAAUCUUGUACCCUAGCUGCUACUAGAAAAGCAUUGUUUUGCUUCAUCCAACAACUGAAAUAGAUGAAUCUGUAUUACAUCUGUUCUGAAUCUAUAAAUUUCAAACUACUGUAUCUGUGAUAUUCUUCUUUAUUAUUUCCUUAAAUGUAUCCUCAUGUUUCUGCAAUGUCAAGCCUUCAAUGUACAAUAGGGAACUCAUCUACAGAAUCAGUAAACCCACCAGCCAAAAGUAUCUAAUUUCAAGCACCUUUCCAAUUAAUCACUGCUAUAGCCCUCCCGACAAAACAAAAACAGAAAUCGCCUCUUAAGGAAACCUAAAGCCUUACAGUUUAUUGUAUUUAUAAAUGGCAAACGAUGGCAAUGUAUAUUUCUGAAGUCCAAAGAAUACUUUAGGCUACUUUUGAGUAUCUUGUUUUUUUAAAUAUCUUAACAAUCAUAAAAGUAAACAUCGAAGAAAAAACAUAUUUAAAGAUUGCAUUUUUCGCGAAACAUGUGAUUAUAUGAAAAUACACACUAAACAUAUUCGUGAGGAUAAGUUCGCAUAAGCACAGCUUAUUUCAAGCAGCAAAUACAAAUAUCAUACGAGUUUGGUAACUCGGAAUAAUCAACAAAACAAGCGAGCUAAGAGCUAAACUAGAAAACAAAUCUCGCUUUCAUACAUACAUAUAUAUUUAAAAGAACUGAGCAACAUUAAAACAUCACACUGCCAUUCUCUUUAAUGUACAAUUCAAACAAACUGUUGUAAUUUUCCACCUCCGAACGGACUGAAAUUAAAACUACAAAUAGUGACUAUUCCCUACAGGUCACAAGCAACCAGAUGAAUUGUCAAAAUAUGCCCGAGUAGCUUACAUAUAAUAGGGAACAGAUUUUACUAUAAACAUAAUGCAGCUGCAGAUAACAGAUAAAUACGGAACAAGCAAAUUAAAAUAUUAUAUACAACUACAUUCCGCUGAAGUUAAUUCAGGCUAACAUUCUGCAAGUCAAUCUAUUCUGUCUUUAUUACUGCCGUAGCAAAAAAUAAACUAGUGGAUCAAUAUUGAA